AUGAAACUCCUUACCCUCAACUUCCUCACCUGCGCCGUGAAAGCCUGCAAAUCGACCAACACAAGCUUUCCUCUCCACCCCAAAGAAUGCUCGCUUGUCAGUAACGAUAUACCUAUAAACACCGCUUUACUGUUAAACAUUCUGCCGAGGAUCGAUUGGAAUGCGAUGUGUAUUAUUGCUUCUGAGCUCUCAUUUCCCGCCCUCCCGCUAACACCUCCGACACCUGAGGCACUUCAAGAAGACGAGAAAAUGAUGAAAGAACUCCACACACUCCUCAUGGAGACCGAAAUCGAUGAAGGAAGCUUGGUCUGUGGGAAUUGUGGACAUGAGUAUCGGGUUAAGGAAGGCAUUGCAAAUUUCUUAUUACCAGGACAUCUGCGGGGUGUUGGAGGAGACGGAGGCAAAGUUAUGGACUGGCUUGUGGCAAGCUCUAAGACACGGGGGAGGAAGACGUUGGGCACGCUAGACAAUUAG